AUGACAAACUACAACAUCUCCAUCGUCAGCGACACCGUCUGCCCCUGGUGCUACGUAGGCAAAAACCGCCUUCAGGUCGCCAUAAACAAGCACAAGCAAUCCUACCCCAACGACACAUUCACCACAAAAUGGUUUCCCUUCUACCUAAACCCGGAUGCGCCCAAGCAAAGCAGAGACAAGCAAACCAUCUACGUCGAAAAGUUCGGCCAAGAAAGAGUCAAAAUGAUGCAAGGCCGUCUCUCGGAAAUCGGCCAUGAAUUGGGUAUCAACUUUGCUUACGGGGGCAAGACUGGAAACACCAGGGAUUCGCAUAGGCUGGUGCAGUUGGCAAAGACAAAGGGAGAAGAGACGCAGACGAGGGUUAUGGAGAAGUUGUUUAAUGCUUACUUUGAGUUGAAUGAGGACAUCACCGAUCAUGCUGUGCUCACCAAGGCUGCGAUUGGUGGUGGUCUCGACGAGACAGAGGUCAAGGAGUGGUUGAGCAGUGAUAAGGGUGGCCCUGAGGUUGACCGUGAGGUUGCUGCUGCCCAGAGGAGGUUCAUCUCUGGUGUCCCUCAUUUCACUUUCAACAACAUGUACGAAGUCGGUGGUGCAGAGGAACCUGCUACCUUUUUGCAGAUCUUCAACGAGAUCAAGAAGCGCGAGGGAGCAGAUGCAUCAGCCACCACUCAAGUGUCAUCUGGCAACACCUGCUAG